AUGACACAUGACAUGGCUCCGCGGGAUUCGAAUCCACGCCACAUCCACAUAGUUAAGGCUCACAGCUGUGUGGAGCUCCUAGCACAACAGCUGUUUACAUCGGAUCGCCUCGUGCGCUCGGCGAUGAAAACAGCCGUGCACGCACGCAUGCGGAAUGUUUUCGUCUUCGCCGGUUUCUACGUCAUCAGCAAUGGCGACAUUUGGUCACCUGGCAUCUACGUCGGUCGAACCGAUGACGACGACGAAAACAAAAAGUUUCUAGCCCUCAAAUUGUUCUCAACUUUGAAUCAUAAGACUGGAUCUUCUGGAUCCGGAAGGGAUUUCUUGGCUAUUUCAGGAGGGGAUUCUUUACUGCUCAAAUUAAAUGACUGA